GAAAAAAAAAACUAAGAAACAGAAACCUCGGGGAAAAACCGAAACAGAGAAAGGAAGAAGAAUACCGCCAAAAUCUCCCACUCCGGAGAGAAAUCGGCCUCUCUACUCCGGACGGCGAGGUGAAAGAUGACGUCGGGGACUAGGACGCCGACGUGGAAGGAGAGGGAGAACAACAAGCGGAGGGAGCGGCGGAGGAGAGCGAUCGCGGCGAAGAUCUUCGCCGGACUCCGGAUGUACGGUAACUACAAGCUUCCCAAACACUGCGAUAACAACGAAGUCCUCAAAGCACUCUGCAAAGAAGCUGGUUGGACCGUCGAAGAAGACGGUACCACGUACCGGAAGGGAUGCAAACCAGUCAAUCGAAUGGAUAUCAUUGGUGGCUCUACAUCGGCCAGCCCUUGCUCUUCCUAUCAACCCAGCCCACGUGCCUCCUACAAUCCGAGCCCUUCGUCUUCAUCUUUCCCGAGCCCCCGGGCAUCUCAUUACCCUUCCUCUACGAACCCGUUUGGCGAUGCCAACUCACUGAUUCCAUGGCUCAAGAACCUCUCCUCCAACUCUCCGACCAAACUCCCUUUCUUCCAUGGCAGCUCGAUCAGUGCUCCUGUCACUCCACCCCUAGCAUCACCUAUGGCUGGAAGCCCUACUCGUUGUCAAGUAAACAUUCCUGACUCUGGAUGGCUCUCGGGGAUGCAGACCCCACAGAGCGGUCCUUCCUCUCCGACAUUCAGCUUAGUCUCUCGUAACCCGUUUUUCGAGAAAGAGGCCUUUAAGGCCAGAGACUGUUCUCCAAUGUGGACACCGGGCCAGAGUGGGAACUGUUCCCCUGCCAUCCCUGCUGGUGCUGAUCAAACAGCCGAUGUCCCAAUGGCAGAUGGGAUGGCGGUCGAGUUUGCGUUCGGGUGCAACCCUAGAACAACAGGGCUGGUUAAGCCUUGGGAAGGGGAAAGGAUACACGAGGAAUGCGCACCAGACGAUCUAGAGCUCACUCUUGGCAACUCAAGAACCAGGUGAGAUAUAUACUUUCUAAGCACUAGCUUCAACUCCGGUGUUCUGUUUUCUCCCAAGGACUUACUUAUUCAUCGGUUAUCUUUGUCGGUUUAUUCGGUGUUGAGGUGUGAAAGAAGAGAAAAGGAGAAAGGAGAAAACGUUGCCAUUGAGUUCUUUUGAGCUGUUUUUCUUCGUUUUUGGCUUUUGUCCCGAGUUGUAGGUAGAGAGGAUUUGGCUGUUCAAUUACUCAUAUGAUUAGAGGAACCCCUGAAUGUUUUGUGGUUUAAAGUUCAUUACUUUUGUGAAAAUCUCCGCAUUUCCUUUACAAAA